AUGGGGUAUUUGAAUGAUAAAGGAGUAACUUAUGAUUACUUUGAAUCUUUGGCAUUCUAAAAGACGUUGAAAGAAAAAGGAAUAGUGUAAUUUUUGAGUUUGUUGAAAAUCUUUGGGAAAUUCCAAUUACAUGAACAUUAAUUUGAACAUCUCUCUGAUCCUAAUGUGAAAUAGGUAGAGACCAAGAUGUAGUUGUUUUGGGGUGAUGAAUUUGAAGGACACGUGAUAAAGUUGUAUGAUGACAAGAAGUUGGCUCUCUUGAACCCCAAUACAGGUGGUUUAUUUUAAAGUUUGGGUGAAGAACAAUAGAAGAAGUUGCCAUUUGUAAUAUUGCCAGAAUUUGGAGCUUGGAUGAUUGAAUUGACACCAAACAAGCCAUAUCAAUGCAUGUGCUUCAAUUUUGAUCAAGUCUUAAUAAAUAUGAGAAAGAGAAUCCAAACACUCUAGAGUUACCUACCAUAAGGAAAUCAAUAUGUACUUAUCCCAGUCUAUCCGAUGUUGGGAGUUGGUAGAUUUACAACAACAGUCGAGAGUGAUUUGACUGCUUCAAUGAUUGAGAAGAUCAGAAGUCAGACUAGUUACAUUGAGGGAACUCCAACUUUGUAAUAAGAUGAAAAGUAGUUCCAAAAUGAAAAAUUGAUCUAGCCAGCAACACCAUAUAAAGAAUUACCAGUGGAACCUAUUUGUAAUUACUUCUCUUAGAGUAUAUACUUUGAUGACAGAAUCAUUAAUCCUCAUCCAAGAUACUCAACUUUAGCUUAGAAUAUUAGAUUAAGAAGAGGAUCAAAGGUAGAAAUAAAAAUACCGUUGUUCAUUGAUUAAAAUACAAAAAUAGAAUAGAGUGAAUACGAACCAAAUCCAGGAUAUAUAACAAUGGAUCAUAUGGGAUUUGGAAUGGGAAAUUGUGCACUCCAAACUACUUAUUUGAGUAUUGAUAUAGAUCAUGCCAGAUUAUUGUAUGAUCAAUUAGCUGUUUUGGCUCCUUUGUUCGCAGCUUUGACAGCAGGUAGUCCAAUUUAUAAAGGAAAAUUAUCGAAUUGGGACACUAAAUGGGAUUGUUUGGAAAUGUCAGUUGAUUGUAGAAGUGAAAAUGAAAGAAAUCCUUAACAUCCCAAUCAUAUUCCUAAAUCAAGAUAUUCAUCAAUUUCAUAUUUCAUUUCUAAUGAUAAAAUGAACUUAGAAGAAUACAACGAUUUAAACUUUCCAGCGAAUGAGGAAAUCAUGAAAUUUGCUAAAUAAAAAGCAUCAGAAAUGAACAUACCACUUGAUGACAAAUUACUUAGACACUUGGGAAUACUAUUCUUGAGAGACAACAUGGUUAUGUUUAAGGAUAAAAUACAUAUUGAUGAUAACACAGCUCACUUUGAAGCCAUCUAAUCAAGUAAUUGGAAUUCUGUCAGAUUUAAACCACCUCCUUCUUAUAAUUCAAAAAUUGGAUGGAGGGUAGAAUUCAGAACUAUGGAAAUUUAAUUGACUGCAGAAGAAAAUGCUGCAUGGUCUAUCAUGAUACUAAUGAUUGUUCGAUUGUUCUUUACAAACUAUAUUCCAGUCAACUUUUAUAUGCCCUUGUCCCUUGUUGAUGAAAAUAUGAGAAGAUCAAAGGAGAAAGGAGCUAUUUUAAAUUAAAAAUUCUACUUUAGAACCAACUUCUAAGAUUAUGGUCCAGCCACUAUUGAGGAGUUAUCUUUACAAGAAAUAUUUUUUGGUAAAUAAGAUGGAUCUUUCAUUGGAAUUAUAGGAUUAAUUCAUCAAAAUAGAAAUGUGGUUAAUAAAUAGCAGUGUGCAUAGAAGGAAGAGCACAUUUACUUAAAAAAUAAAACACUUCAAGAUGAAGUCAUUGAGUUUGUAAGAAACAAGGUUAAUGGGAAUACUAAAACACUUGCUUCAUGGAUGAGAGAUUUUGUUACUUCACAUCAGAAUUAUAAUUAGGAUUCCAUUGUAUCUCAUGAAAUCAAUUAUGAUCUCAUCAAAACUCUCACUGCUAUUAAAGAUAGACAAAAAGAGGAUCCACACUUUCCCUUAAUAUUUAGUAUGUGA